AUGUGCAAGACAAAGGAUUCUGUUGAGAGACGUAACUAUAGGGAAGUGUGGAAGGUAAAGAUGCGGUUUUUGGUAGAUGGGAAGGCAGAGAAGUUAAAGCAUUCGAUGGUCUCAAGUUCCCGGAUGAAGCUAUGGCUGAUCCGAGCUAUCAUGACGGCAUUGCUAUGGACAUGUGUUGUUCAGCUGAUGUCAAUUGGAGAGACGUGGGGGCCGAGAUUAUUGAAGAGCUGGCCUUCUUGUCUUAAUCAAUCUGAUUUUUCUUUAGCUAUUGAUGAAUCUCUGCCGGCCAAAGUUGUUCUUCCGCCGAAGAGGGUUUAUAAGAACAAUGGCUAUCUUAUGGUUUCCUGCAAUGGAGGACUGAACCAAAUGAGAGCAGCGAUAUGUGAUAUGGUUGCUAUAGCGAGAUACUUGAAUGUCACUCUUAUUGUACCAGAGCUGGAUAAAACUUCAUUUUGGAAUGAUCCAAGUGAGUUCCAAGACAUAUUCGAUGUUGAUCAUUUCAUCACUUCACUGAGAGAUGAGGUACGGAUAUUGAAAGAGCUACCGCCUAGGCUCAAAAGACGAGUUGAACUCGGAAUGUUUCAUUCCUUGCCACCCAUUAGCUGGUCUAAUCUAUCUUACUACCUACACCAGAUUCUUCCGCUGUUACAGAAGCACAAAGUUGUUCAUUUGAAUAAAACUGAUGCUAGACUUGCUAAUAAUGGACUACCUCUUGAAAUUCAAAAGUUGCGCUGCCGUGUAAAUUUCAGCGCUCUGAGAUUUACACCACAGAUAGAAGAAUUGGGUAGAAGGGUUGUCAAGAUUCUGCGGGAAAGAGGUUCUUUCCUAGUCCUUCAUCUCAGAUAUGAGAUGGACAUGUUGGCUUUCUCUGGCUGCUCUCAUGGUUGCAAUAGUGAUGAGGUUGAAGAACUGACAAGAAUGAGGUAUGCUUAUCCCUGGUGGAAGGAAAAGGUGAUAAAUUCCGAAUUGAAGAGGAAAGAAGGUUUGUGUCCCUUGACACCUGAGGAGACUGCUCUAGUAUUAAGUGCCCUGGGAAUUAAUCACAAUGUUCAGAUUUAUAUUGCUGCUGGAGAAAUCUAUGGUGGACAAAGAAGGAUGUCUUCUUUGGCGGCAGCUUUUCCGAAUUUGGUUAGGAAAGAAACCCUACUGAAACCAUCAGAUCUGAUAUUUUUCCAAAAUCACUCAUCUCAAAUGGCAGCAUUGGACUAUCUUGUCUCUCUCAAGAGUGAUAUAUUUGUUCCUACAUAUGAUGGAAACAUGGCCAAAGUUGUCGAAGGCCAUCGCCGAUUCUUGGGGUUCAAGAAGACUAUUGCAUUAAACAGAAAGCUUCUAGUUGAUUUGGUAGAUCAAUACAUCACUGGAUCAUUGAGUUGGGAUGAAUUUUCUUCCGCUGUGAAGGAUACUCAUGCUGAUCGUAUUGGGAACCCAAGAGAGCGAAUGGUCAUAGCAGAGAGACCGAAGGAAGAAGAUUACUUCUAUGCCAAUCCACAUGAAUGCUUGCAAUCAUUAGAUGAACCGUUGAGGUACACAUGAUCCUGCUCAUGCAAACAAAAUGGCUAUCUACCACCAUUACCUUACGCCCCUAAUUACUGAUUGAAGGUUACAAUCUAGUCCAUUAAUACCCGGACAUUAGGGCGCAGAGAGAACUCUAAUUCUGUUAAUGAAGAUCGGCUACUGAAGAACUUGGGCCGCCUGAGCAGGGAUCAAGGUUCAACAGGGUAUUUAAAAUUGUUUACUCUUCUUUUCUUUUUUGAAUAAUGUGAUUACUGUAUAGUGUGACAAAUAUUCCAUUGGAGAGGUCUAAUGCCACUUUAGCUGGCAUUGUAUAAAAGAAAAAGGAGAAGGCAAAUUACAGAACUUUGUUGGAGAGUUACUAAAACAACUCAAUUCACCCCUUCCCAGAAUUGCCAUUUCUGCUACUUCUGGUUGAUCAAA